AUGCCCGGAAGCUGCAGAUCCCCUAGCCCCUCCCUGGCCCCAGUGCUGCUGGCCAUGCUGCUGGGUGGAGCAGCCCAGGCGGAGAUCGUGGGCGGGAGGGAAGCCCAGCCCCACUCGCGCCCCUACAUGGCGUCGCUGCAGCUGGCUUCCGGCAGCCACUUCUGCGGGGGGACCCUGGUGCACCCGAGCUUCGUACUGACCGCCGCUCACUGCCUGAACAACUUGAACCCACAGCGCGGGCGCGUGGUGCUGGGGGCCCACCGCCUGCAGACCCCCGAGCCCACCCAGCAGAGGCUCGCCAUCAGUCUCCUGUUUGAGAACAACUACAACCCGCAGGAGAAGCUGAAUGACGUGCUCCUGCUGCAGCUGGACCAGCCAGCCACCCUCAACACCCAUGUAGCGGUGGCUCAGCUCCCUCAGCAGGCCCAGCCACUGCCCUAUGGCACCCAGUGCCUGGCCAUGGGCUGGGGCCGCCUGGGCACUCUCGAGCCACUGCCCCAGGUCCUACAGGAGCUCAAUGUCACCGUGGUCACCUUCCUGUGCCGGCCACAGAACGUGUGCACCUAUGUGCCCCAACGCAGCGCUGGCAUCUGCUUCGGGGACUCCGGGGGCCCCUUAAUCUGCGAUGGGGUACUCCAUGGCGGCUCCUUCGUGAUCCGGGGAUGUGCCACUGGCCAGUACCCCGAUUUCUUUGCUCAUGUUUCCCUCUAUGUGGACUGGAUCAACUCCGUGCUGAGCAGCGUGGGGGGCAAGGACAGCCCCUGA